ACAUUGCAACCCAACCAAAACGUUCUGGACCUUCGCCCGGGUAACAGGUCACAGGUGUUUGCGGGUAUCGUACACUAUUCCGCAAACUCUAGGCUAGUGGAUGGUGUGAAGAGGUCAGCCUAGUAUUGCUUGUGGAUGGAUGUGCUGAAACUGUGUGUGAGUCAACAGAAUUGGAAACAAGUUAUGCUAGUGCUGUGAUACAUGAUUAUGAGCAGUGUUUAAGUGGACUGGUGGCUAAGUAAAAGUGAAUAGUGUUUGAGCUAGAAAGAGUUACUAGUGCUGUAAGGAUAGUGAAAACGAAAGUGAUAUUAUUCCUGCUUCAUAAUGGAGACUAAGGUUUUGAUAAUCAUCCUGCUGCUCUUAACGAUGGUGCGUGCCGCGUCCAAAUACUACGACGGUCCGAUACGCCCGUACGAGUUCGGCUUCAACAUCGAAGGACAUCAGCACAGGAAGGAAUCUAAAGAUAAAAACGGAAUCAUUAUGGGCGAGUUCGGGUUCAUUACGGCCGAUAAUGUCUACCACGUCACGGUGUACGCGACCGAUGCGGACGGCAACUUUAAGAUUGUCAGCAUGAAGAACUAUAAACUCGGACCAACCACACUGCCUCCUCCUCCUCCUCCUCCACCAUCGCCACCACCACCCACCACCACCACUACACCCGCCCCAACGACUACCUCAACCACACCGCAACCGUUCCGCAUAAUCACCACCGCCAAACCGAUCGUCCCGCUGACCACGCCGAAACCCUCCAGCGUGGCCACCUGCUCGGGAUGCAAAAUCCCGGAACCACCGGUACCGUCCACGCAGCCCCCGCUGCCCGAAACGAGCACCCUGUACGUGCCACCGUUUAAAAUCGUCAACAAGAACGACCUUGAACCGGUGGGCGGAGGUAAAGCAACGCCCGGCUCAAUGGUGACCACAACGGCCGGGUCGGUCAGCGGGCCGGCCGAGCCACCGCCCGAUGUGCCCCAGAAGCUGGUCGAAUCGAAGGGAUCGAAGGAAGGGUCGGAGCGUCAGCAGCAGGGUGGAGGGUCGGGCACGAGCUCAGCUGCAAACGCUACUGCUGGGGAGCGGAGCGAACAGAGGAAAGAGCCGAACAGAUCGAAGGAGCAAACGAGCGGCGAACGAAAAGCGCCGAAAGAAGAUCAACCUCAAUCACACUCCCGCUCGGAGACACCGAAAAAGGACGGCCGUGGGUCCACCGGCACCGAUAAGGACGAUCCGAUGAAGCUGAUCGAGAUACACACUGCCAACAUGAUCCAGCACAUCCUGAACGGGCUGCUGUAUCGGUUCAACUACACCGCCGGCUACCACGGCCACCACGAGCAGGGCGACCGGCAGGGCAAUAAGGAGGGCGGCUACUAUUCGAUCGGGCGGGACGGUAUCCGGCGCGGCGUUAGCUAUAAGGCGAACGAGUUUGGCUACCAGCCGCACAUCAAGUUCGAAAAGGUCAGCCCGGAGGAGACGCCCCGCGAGGAGACGGAAAAGCAGGCGGGGUUGAAAGGGUUCGACUUUAAGUGGUUUUACGGUUCGUAAUGGGAUGCUGCAUCCCGAUUCCUUUUUGUAUUGUAACUACUAAAAAUACUCAACUCGAUCUUGUGUGACGGGAAAAGGAAUGUUAUAACACUGCCUCCCUCCGAUUUGUAACAGUCCUCUGCCACAGGUCCUCUGCAUCCUUUUUGAAAGUAAAGUAAGAGUGGCAUGCAAAUUUAAAUGUAAAACCAGGAUAAACGUAGGGAGAUAACCAUUGAGGAUGGAGCAUUCAAAAGCGAGAAGAAAUGAAUGUAAGACAAAACACGCGCUCUGUUUCAUAUGUUUAACGCUGCGAUAUGCUAAUAAAAGUGAUAGGAAGGUAAGCCUUCAGUAACAAA